CUUUUGCCGUACUUAAUUUGAACCACUGUGGCGACGUUUCCUGGUGCUUCGCAUCGUUCUCGUUCGAUGUCGGCGAGGCUCGACCCUCCACUUUGUGUCGAGAUAUGGGAACCAAUCCCCUUGCUAAUGCAAGUCGGCAAACACAAGCGCCGUACUGUGUACAACUGAUCCGGCCAACUCCGAUCGGAUGAACCCUUUUCGCUUCGCUGCAGUGUUCAGUUACACGGCAUGCAUCCCACCACGCCCGGGGCCCCCUGUUGAACCACGCCAUGCUUCGCACUCCAUCGACUCAACAGCCCGCGAGUUUGACAACGUCAUGAAACAAACAUGCACAACUUGAGUCAUGCAUCGCAGCUGCUGAUGAAGGUUGUGAUGCAUUUCUUCCAAACCAUCCAUCAGGGCUUACUGCUCAUGCGCUUGACUCUGCUUUCCGGCCUUGGAAAUGUAAAUUUCCGAAGGCACGUCGCCAUCCCAAGCAUUCCUAAGCCGUCUUGAGCCUUCUCACAGUCCUUACACUGGGCCAUCUGUGUGCCAUUCCAUCCUGCAUCACAUGGUGUUUGCUCUUCACAGCUCGUCCGCUGAUGAGGGGUAAGAAAGGAGCCCACAUUUCAGUCUUAGCCAUACCCUAACCCACCACUGUGAAUGAAAUCUGCCACGCCCGGGAAACUCGGCAAAACCUGUCAGAGAAAA